GUGUGCCACAUAUCACCACUUCUUUCACCUAUCACCCUACGACAAAUCACUGAAAACACUCAUCUUCUUUUCACUCCCUCUUCUCAUUUUCACUUUCAGAUCAACACAACAAUGUCUUACACCGAUCACGGCGGCGAUCGCCGUCACCGUCGCCGGAACCGCCCCGCUUCAAUCUCCGCUAUGUUCCUCUACCUCACUUUCCAUUCAAUCAUCACCCUUGUCGGUGCUUCCAUUCACGACUACCAAAACGAAACGUUCAUCCGUCGUGCUAAUUCGUUCUUCUUUCAUGGUGGUAGUGAAGGCCUUUACGCUUCUAAACCUAUUGAAUUUAACCAUUCUCUUGAUAACUUUCCCACUGGUAAAUCUUUCAUCAGGUUUGAGUCUAUCAACUUCCGGAGGACAAAAGAAUCUGCUGCAAAGGCAAGUUCGAUGCAGCAAAAGACAGGGUUGGUUGAAGCUAUAAUAAUUAAGGUGAGAGAUAGGAAUAACAUUGGGGGUGUUUAUUUGAACUCUGAUGCUAUAUGCUGCACACCAGAGCUUGCUAAAGAAGGUUCUUGUAAGUUAGGAGAGGUUAUCAUCCGUGAGAACCCUGAUGAACCGAACGGGCCGAAACGCUUGCAAACGUUUUUUGAAGGACAAAAUGAAGAGACUAACAUGGUCAUUCAAACUGUUGAUAUUAAUAGUACUGGGAUGUAUUAUUUGUAUUUCAUGUUUUGUGAUCCUGAACUGAAGGACACGUUGAUUUCUGGAAGAACUGUGUGGAGGAAUCCGGAUGGUUAUCUACCGGGGAAGAUGAUGCCAUUGAUGACUUUUUAUGGUUUGAUGUCUUUGGCUUACCUUUUUCUUGGUCUUGUCUGGUUUCUCUGGUUUGUAAAAUAUUGGAAAGAUGUUAUACAGUUGCAUUACCACAUUACUGCUGUUAUUGGCCUAGGCAUGUGUGAAAUGGCUCUGUGGUAUUUUGAGUAUGCAAAUUUCAAUUCGACAGGAAGCAGGCCAAUGGUAAUUACAGUAUGGGCCGUGACUUUCACUGCUGUCAAGAAGACAGUGUCACGGCUUCUUCUUUUGGUGGUUUCUAUGGGCUAUGGAGUUGUCCGUCCAACACUUGGUGGUCUAACCUCAAAAGUCCUUCUUCUUGGUGUGGUGUAUUUUGUGGCCUCAGAAGCACUUGAGCUGGUGGAACAUCUCGGUAAUAUUAAUGACUUCUCUGGAAAAACAAGGCUUUUCCUGGUGCUUCCUGUGGCUCUGUUGGAUGCUUGCUUUAUUCUUUGGAUCUUUUCAUCAUUAUCUAAAACCCUUGAGAAGCUUCAGAUUAGGAAAAGUACCGGAAAACUUGAGUUGUACAGGAAGUUUACAAAUUCUCUUGCAGUGACGGUGCUGCUUUCAGUAUUAUGGAUUGGCUAUGAGUUGUACUUCAACGCAUCAGACCCUUUAGGUGAACUGUGGCGAAGAGCAUGGGCCAUCCCAGCUUUCUGGAUUUUGCUUGCUUAUGCUCUCCUGAUAGUGAUCUGCAUUCUCUGGGCCCCAUCUCGAAAUCCAACCAGGUAUUCGUACUCGGAAGAGACGGGAGAUGAUUUUGAUGAGGAAGCUGUCGCAGUUGUUGGAAGUGGAGUUAAGAUGUCUGGAGAAAUGUCUACCAUGCUAGAAAGAAAGGAUAGAAAGGCAUCGUCUACAUCACUUGCUACAGAUCAUCAUGUAUUUGGAGUUAUUGAAGAUCUAGAGGAAGACAAGAGGGAGUGAUUUGGUCCUAACUUUUUUAAUCACUGUUUCUUUGUUCACUUGGGAGGACCUAAAUGAUGUCAACAUGGAGUAGCAACAAGGGAGGAGAAAGAGGAUCAAUAUUCAAUGGUCAUUCAGCUUCUAAAUUUGAGGUGAUUCUGAGCUUUUCAGGAUGGAUUUAUUAGCACACAGUAAAAAUGAGAAGGAAGAACAAGUUUGCAACACAAGUCAUAGUUAGCUUAGAGCGCAAGUUAUAUCAUUUGAGUGUAAAUUUCAAUUGCAUUUACAUUACAUUUAGUUUGUUACAAGUUAGUUAUGAUGAGCUGUCAUUUCUAGCUUGUAUCUAUACAACAAUCUGUAACUGAAUUCAUUCAAAGAAUCUUAUUAACUUUUCUUCAUCUUUUCUCA